AUGUUGUUCUUCACAACUCUCCUCUUCGCCGCUAGUACCUUCGCCGCACUUCAACCCGGAACUCCCUGCGGAACGAAUCUCCAAUGUUCUAAAAACUGCCUCGACGGCGAAUACAUCUCCACGGCUGCCGAUGGAUUCGUCCGCAACCCAGCGGCCACGGAUAACAACGUUUACGUCUAUGGAGCCUGCAAUAGUGUUGAAGAAGCUGAAGAUUUCUGCAAUAAACAAAAGGGAACUAUAUGUGCCAAUAGUGACCAAUGCCUCAUCACGACUACCAAAACCCAGGAAGGCAACGCGUACGAGUCCUUUGUCGGUUGUGGGGCUACACCCACCUCGACGAGCCAAUACCCUGACUGCUGA